AUGCUGUCUCUACGAAACAUCCUCAUUGCCGUUGCGGCGGUCGCCGUGCCCGUUCUUGCCCAAGAUACGGUCACCGUCACAAACAACAUCUUCGUCACCACCACACGCACCGUCACCGAGACUUCUCUCGUCUCGAACACGCAAUACGUCCGCACACGAGAGACCGUGACCGUCACACAAGGCGCCUGCGAGGGCCAGCCCCACGGACCCGCCGAGACCGUUACCGUCACCGCCCCCGGUGGAGGCCUAGUGUCCACGGAAUACGUCACCGUUACUGCUGAAGCCGGUGGCCUCGUCUCAACCGCCACCGUCACCAAGUUGGUGACGACGACAGAGAAGGCAACGGACGUGGUUACCAAGACGGAAACUAAGACGGAAACUAAGACCGAGAAGGAAGUCGAAACUAAGAAUGUCACCAAGACGGAAACGGAGACUGAGUAUGAGACCAAGACCGUACACGACGCCGAGACCGUCAAGGUCACCGUGACCGUGACUGUGGGUGGUGGCGACGGCCGCGGCGUUACGCCUGGAGGCAUCCAACCCACAGCUGCGUAA